CAAUAGUGUUUAUUGACACUUAUUCUAUCGAGUUGAGGUGUUAAAAUAGGACUUUCCUAAAUUUAUUUAUCGGGAUGAAAAAUCUGUACAAGUUCACCACGACACCUUUUUGCCUUUUACAAACAAAAUUGUCAAAUGAAAGAAUUAGAAAAACUUUUGUGGGUCAAUUGCAGAUAAAACCCACGACGGCGACGACGCUCUAAAUUCUACUUUAGUAAAUUAAACACAACAGUCCCUCAAUUAUUUUCAAUCUCCGAUGAAGACUACUACUCUGCUUCGAAAUCUCCUCCUAAUCAGCUGCUGCUUGUUUCAUGUCUCCUCUACUGAUUUACCCCUCGGAAUCCAUCCUCUAGAUGAGAAGUACUAUGGUUCAGAGGUAAUCAAAUGUAAAGAUGGGUCUAAUUCCUUUACCAAAGAUCGCCUCAACGACGAUUUCUGUGAUUGCCUCGACGGGACGGAUGAGCCCGGAACGGCUGCCUGUCCAGCUGGAAAAUUUUAUUGCAGAAAUGUGGGCAGUACACCUAAAUUCCUGUUCUCUUCUCGCGUGAAUGAUAAUAUUUGUGAUUGUUGUGACGGAAGUGAUGAGUAUGAUGGUACUGUCAAUUGCCCCAAUACUUGCGUAAUGGGUGGGGAUUUUUCUUAUCAAACAAGAAGUUAUGGUUCAAGAAGAAAACAUCUCGAUCUAAUUGGUGGAAAAAAUGCUAAUGGGGUCAAUAUGGAUGACUCAGCUCCGAGACUGCAAGGGCUGAAGAUACUGGUACUUGUACAGGUGGUCGUUAUCAUUAUUUUUCUGGUUUUCCGGAAAUUAUAUCGGCAAUCAAGGUCUAAAAGAAGACAUGUGCGUUGAGAAUUGAUCCCAAGAUUACUGUUAUUGUCACAGUAUGUUCUCAUUGUGUUCUGUAGGCAUAAUUGUAUGUCUAAGAGAUGGCUGCAACCUGAAGGUCCAACUUGCUGAUUGUUGACGUUCUUCUUUAAUGAUUCUUACAUACAUCUAUCUGGAGACGGGAUUGUGACAACAAACUAUUAAGCCCUGCACCAGUUCUUGAAGUAUCAUUUUAUUAGGCGCUCCUAUGAACUUUUGACUAUCUUGGUUGUUCAAAUUGACUAGUAAGUUGCAUACUGUAGUGGAUCUCUACGAAGUUUUCGCAUUGUCCGACCAACUAGCGGCGAGUUAAUGUAUGUUAUGGUUUCAGUUAAUUUGAUGCUUUAAAUAUUAAGAAGCUUUUAAGUUGCCAUCAACCAUACCGGUUGUUUAUAUAUAUAUAUAUCUAUGUUGCUAUGACUGAUUUAAAAGAAUAUGGUCUUAGAUUGUUAUUGCCUUGUUAAGUAGUUUUACUUUUCUUGUGUUCUUCUUACAAUUUCUUUUCAGGAACUUUUCAUGUUUUCGACUAAUUAUUUUGACGAUUAUGUUGUUUAAGGGCCUCCCGUUAUCCCGAAGGGGAGAUAUCUCUUUUUGAUCGCUACAGUGAACUCUACCCGACUCAAAUCAAAUACCCAAAUUUGCCUGCUAAACAAAUUCGAAAGAGUCGUCAUGAAUAUAUUCCCAUGGAGGUUACUUACUCUUACUGCCAUUCUGCAUCUUUUCAUUUUAUUUUCCAAUUUUUCUAUGGCUAUUAUCUCUUUUCGUCUACUUUUUUUCCUUUCUGAUGUAUUUAAUUUCAGUUAUUCAAAAUUGUCCCGGGACAAAGAUACAAAAGUACACUAAAGGCCAGGCAGGUCGCAGGGAUGCAAAAAGCAAAUUGUCAAAGACCUGCUGAUAGGAAAAAAUAUGUAGAAGGCAUGCAUACGUCCUAUCUGUCUUACAUAAGACCAGUCCAGGUCGCAAUUGAUUUCACGUGCUUUUAACAUCUGUAUUUUAAAGCGACAUCUAAUUAAAAGGCAAAUGUUGAAAGCACGUGAAAUCAAUUGCGACCUGGACUAGUUUAUUUAAGACAGAUCUGACGUAUACAUGCCUUCUUAAUAAUUUUCUCUCUAUCAGUAUGUCUUUGAAAAUUUGUUUUUCGCAUCCCCGUGACUUGCCUAGCAUUUAGUGUGCUUUUGUAUUUUUGUCCCGGGGCAAUUUUGAAUAACUGAAAUUAAAUACUUCAGAAAGGAAAAAAAGUACACGAAGAGAGAUAAUAGCCAUAAAAAAGUUGGAAAAUAAAAUAAAAAGAUGCAGAAUAACAGUAAGAGUAAGUAACCUCCAUGGGAAUAUAUUCAGGAGGACACUUUCGAAUCUGAAUAACAGGCAAAUUUGGGUAUUUGAUUUGAGUCGGGUAGAGUUCAUUGUAGCGAUCGAAAAGAGAUAUCUCUCCCUCGGGAUAAUGUGAGACCCUUGAACAACAGAAUCGUCAAAAUAAUUAAUCGAAAACAUGAAAAGUUCCUGAAAAGAAAUUGUAAGAACAACACAAGAAUAGUAAAACUACUUAACAAGACAAUAACAAUCUAAGAACAUAUUCUUUUAAACUAGUCAUAACAACAUAGAACUACAAGAAUACAUCAGUUAAUAUAUAUAUAUAUAUAUAUACACAUAUAUAUAUAUAUAUAGUUGAUGGCAACUUAAAAGCUUCUUAAUGUUUAAAGCAUCAAUUAACUGAAACCAUAACAUACAUUAACUCUGCCGCUGGUUGAUCUGACAAUGCAAAGACUUUGUAGAGUAAAAUUGUGUUUGUGGUCAAUCGAACCGUGAUAUGUGGCUCAGAUGCUCGUGCAUACAUAAAGCUCUAGUUGGUACUUGUUCUCAUUCAUGUGUUCGCAUAUAACUUCCUGUUUAUAUGUGGAUUCGAAGAGUAGCUCAACACUCUUUGGUUGCACAAAUGAAGGGAGACAGUACCACAACAAUGUGCUAGGCAGGCAUAUAUGUACUGGAGACGGGGGCUUAAUUUGCAAACAGUAUGUUUGAUAGUAUCACUCUACUUUAAAUAUAGGACUCCGUUAUUUUACAUUUC